AUAAGGGGGCGCACGAGCGGUGCGGCGUAGGAGCCGCCGCCAGCAGAGGGCCGGGCGCAGCGGCCGCGGCCUGGGCGGGCGCAGGGCCGAGCGGACGGGGGGGGAGCGCGGGCCCCCCGGGAGGCCGCGGCCACUCCCCCCCGGGCCGGCGCGGCGGGGGAGGCGGAGGAUGGAAACACCCUUCUACGGCGAUGAGGCGCUGAGCGGCCUGGGCGGCGGCGGCGGCAGUAGCAACGGCGGCAGCUUCCCGUCCCCCGGCCGCCUGUUCCCCGGGGCGCCCCCGACGGCGGCGGCCGGCAACAUGAUGAAGAAGGACGCGCUGACGCUGAGCCUGAGCGAGCAGGUGGCGGCGGCGCUAAAGCCUGCGGCCGCACCACCCCCAGCCCCCUUGCGCACCGACGGCGCCCCCAGCACUGCACCCCCCGACGGCCUGCUCGCCUCCCCCGACCUGGGGCUACUUAAGCUUGCCUCCCCCGAGCUGGAGCGCCUCAUCAUCCAGUCCAACGGGCUGGUCACCACCACGCCGACGAGCACUCAGUUCCUCUACCCCAAAGUGGCGGCCAGCGAGGAGCAGGAGUUCGCCGAGGGCUUCGUCAAGGCCCUGGAGGAUUUGCACAAGCAGAACCAGCUUGGCGCGGGCGCGGCCGCCGCCGCCGCCGCCGGGGGGCCCUCAGGGACAGCCACGGGAUCCGCGCCCCCCGGUGAGCUGACCCCAGCGGCCGCAGCGCCCGAGGCGCCCGUCUACGCGAACCUAAGCAGCUACGCGGGCGGCUCCGGGGGCGCUGGGGGCGCUGCAACGGUCGCCUUCGCUGCGGAACCCGUGCCAUUUCCCCCGCCGCCGCCCCCGGGCGCGCUGGGGCCGCCGCGCCUUGCCGCGCUCAAGGAUGAGCCACAGACGGUGCCCGACGUGCCGAGCUUCGGCGAGAGCCCGCCGCUGUCGCCCAUCGACAUGGACACGCAGGAGCGCAUCAAGGCGGAGCGCAAGCGGCUGCGCAACCGUAUCGCCGCCUCCAAGUGCCGCAAGCGCAAGCUGGAGCGCAUCUCGCGCCUUGAAGAGAAGGUCAAGACCCUCAAGAGCCAGAACACGGAGCUGGCGUCCACAGCGAGCCUCCUGCGUGAGCAGGUGGCGCAGCUCAAGCAGAAAGUCCUCAGCCACGUCAACAGCGGCUGCCAGCUGCUGCCCCAGCACCAGGUGCCCGCGUACUGAGCCCGAGCGCGGGGCGCAUGCGCGGCCACCCUCCCCGAGGGGCGGGCUCGUGGGGGGGAGUGUCGUGGGCGCCCCAGACUUGGAAAGGGUGCGGCCCCUGGGACCCCCCUAUUUGGGUGCCCAGGACUCGGAGAGGGCGCGGCCCCUGGGGAUUUUCCUCCUAAGGGUGCCCAGGACUCGUAGAGGGCGCCCCGGACUCGACAAGCUGGACCCCCUGCUCCCGGGGGGGCGAGCGCAAGACCCCACCAGCCUUCGCGCUGCCUCUGUCCCCUGUGCUCGCGGUCGCCCCAUGUUGCACAAACCCGCGUGCCCCGGCUGCCCCUUUGUAUACACUGCCGCAGAAGGGGGUUCGGAGGGGCGCAGCCUCAAGCCCUGCGUUUCCUUUCCUUUCCUUUUUAUUGCCUUUGGAAGAAAGAAGAACAGAGUGUUCGAUUCUGCCCUAUUUAUGUUUCUAUUCGGGAACAAACGUUGGUUGUGUGAGUGUGUGUUUUCUUGUGUUGGUUUUUUAAAGAAAUGGGAAGAAGAAAAAAAUACUCCACCCCUUUCCUCGCUCUCGCUCCUCCGCUUCCGUCCUCCCCCUCCUUUUUGUUCUGUCUUUUUGUUUUGCUACGAGUCCACAUUCCUGUUUGUAAUCCUUAGUUCGCCAGGUUUUCUGUUUUCAGUAAAGUCUGGUUACGCCA